AUGGAUAGCCGGAAACGAUCUAAGACAUCAAUUUCAUCUGUGACGAAAAAUUUUACUGAUAUGGACAACGCAAACUCAGAUUGCAGAGAAGUGAUGCUAAGAGACCAAAUUCCUGAAGAAACUGAACCGGAGAGAGGGAAUUGGACUGGGCGUUUUGAUUUUCUCCUAUCACUCCUGGGGUACAGUGUGGGACUUGGGAAUGUGUGGAGGUUUCCCUAUCUAUGCUAUAAUAAUGGAGGAGGCGCCUUCCUUAUCCCGUUCACGGUGAUGCUUAUAAUAGCUGGACUUCCUCUCAUGUUUAUGGAACUAUCCUUCGGUCAAUAUGCUGCCCUGGGUCCCGUCGCGGUCUACAACAGAUUCUGUCCUCUAUUCCGCGGCCUGGGCUACGGAAUGGUCAUUGUGUCGUCCAUCGUCAUGCUGUACUACAAUUUAAUUAUUGCCUGGACUUUCUAUUAUAUUUACGUUUCGUUCGUGAGCAUCUUCUAUCAAUUGCCCUGGCAGAACUGCGACGCUGACUGGAGUACAGAAUUUUGCUACUCAUACGAAGCGGCGGAUGAGUGCGAAGCAAAUAACGGAACGUAUUAUCUACGCCAAUGUUUUAAUCACACUCAAGCUCUGUUGCAUAACGUAUCCGCCCUUGCCAACGUGACGCUGAGGCGGCCACCCGCUGAAGAGUACUUCUCGAACCACGUCUUGGGUCUUUCGUCAGGCAUCCAAGAGAUAGGCCAGAUACGUUGGGGUUUGGCCGCGUGUCUGUUCGCAGCCUGGGUCAUUGUUUUCCUUUGCUUGUGUAAAGGGGUGCAGUCUUCGGGAAAGGUGGUAUACUUCACAGCUCUGUUUCCUUACGUGGUCCUUGUGAUUUUGUUUUUCCGAGGCGUAACGCUGCCUGGAGCAUCUACCGGUAUUAUAUUCUAUCUGACACCAGACUUUAGCCAACUAGCUAAUGCCCAGGUGUGGGGUGAUGCAGCAGUUCAAAUAUUCUUUGCUUUGAGUCCUGCUUGGGGUGGUUUAAUUACGCUAUCGUCAUAUAACAAAUUUUCAAAUAAUUGCUAUUUAGAUUCCCUGAUAGUGGCUGUUUCAAAUAUAGCGACGUCAUUCUUCGCCGGUCUCGUUAUAUUCUCAGUUAUCGGUUUUCUGGCUCACGAGCUUCAAGUGAGCGUGGAUCGGGUGGUGGACCAGGGUGCGGGCUUGGCUUUCAUAGUGUACCCUGAAGUUGUAACAAGGUUACCCCUGUCUCCGUUGUGGUCUAUAUUGUUUUUCUUCAUGCUGUUGACGCUCGGACUUGAUUCUCAGUUUGCUUUAAUGGAGACUGUGACAACAGCAAUAUUGGAUCGGUUCCCUAACUUCAGAGAGAAGAAAGUGUGGGUUGUAUUAACUGUGGCCGUUUUUGGAUAUCUCGGCGGGCUUGUCUUCACGACUAAUAGUGGAAUGUAUUGGUUGCAAUUAAUGGACAAAUAUGCAGCGAAUUGGUCCGUUUUGAUCAUUGCUAUCGGCGAAUGUAUAUUAAUUGCGUGGAUCUACGGCGCGGAGAAAUUCUGUCAUGACAUAGAACGGAUGAUUGGACGUCAGUCCAAAACGUGGCUUUACUUCUGGAGUACAAUGUGGAGGGGAGUCACUCCUGCUGCAUUAAUCUUUAUUCUAGCAUUCAACUGGAUUGAAUACAAGCCGGCGACGUACGGACACUACGUGUACCCAAUGUGGGCCGAUGCCGUUGGAUGGAUUGUGGGCAUGCUGCCCAUCUUGGUCGUGGUUUUAAUGGCCAUUGAUAAAAUAUGCACGGGACCGGAUGAUCUUACGAUCAUGCAGAAAGCGCGUUUCCUGUCUCAACCAACAGAAGAGUGGGGGCCAGCUCAGCGCAGCUCAAUGCCGCUACCCGGUGAAUCGGAGUUGUCUCCCCCGGUGCUGUUGCUGCACGGACGCCACGUCUUGCGCGAGCGCGGCGCUUGA